CGCUGCCAGUCCUCCGAGCAGAGCAACACCGCCAACAUGUCGACGAUCAUGCGGACUCUCCGCAAUUUGCGAAGCAUCGGGUUGAAGGAGUACGGACACCAACUUCAUAAGACAGGUGAUACCAAGCGCGGAACACUGAUUGGCAUUGACCGUUUCGGCAACAAGUACUUUGAGAACCUGGAGGAGGAGCUGCCUCUGCGCACACGCUGGGUCGACUACAAGGACAGCGAAUAUGAUCCUUCACAGAUAGAGCCGGGCUGGCAUGCCUGGAUGUCAUAUAUGGUGGACAAGGCACCUUCAGAGGAUAAGCUGCUGCAACGCCAAGUACGAGCAUGGGAGCCAUCAAAGCAUGUGCCGGUGCUCACCGCUUCAAGGAGCGCAUUCAAAACAUACAAUACCACGAAACCCAAGUACUCAGCAUGGACACCUGUCGCAGCUUCGAGAUGAGCAUGCAUCGGCAGCAUUAGUCACAGAACCGACAAAGACCGGUAUACGCUCGAUAUAGCCGCAUACAUGGUGGUGUAGCGGGCGUUCAGCAGGUUGUUGCUGUCGUGACCAGCAGUUGAGGCGGUUUCGAUGGGCAGAGCAGUGGUUCCGAGCGAUAGGAUGCAUUGACUCACAACGGUUGCGGGCAUCGCACCUGUACAUAUGCAUAGACUGGGUGACACAUAAUGCGCAUCCCAGCCAGACCUUACCGCUUUCCCGUAUGACAACGUGCGGAGAGUGGAGGGCUUCUAUGCAUGCACUCUCCAGACCUGUCUAAAUCACGCAAGCGGAGGAUGGUCAAGCUUGUGCCCUGCGGC